UGGCUUGGGCCAAUCGUGAAGCACGUUUUAUUUACUCUUUGGCUCUCGAAAAUGGCGGACGAAAUAAAACUAAUUUUCCUUUCUCUUGGGAAAUUCCCUGUUCAUAUUUGUGCAUGUCCAAACGACUGGAUACGUAUCCAUGGAAAAUAUUAGGUGCGCAACCAAAAGGAGAUCAGAGUACCUUACUGCAGAAGUACUAGUCUGAACCCUAUCAUAAGGAUGGCUGCUCCCCCCACACUGUACACCUGUGCCCUGUGUGGUCAGGACGGGCUGACAGAUCCCGACAUGAGGUCUCACAUGGUCGUGGUACACCAGGAGGAGACCAUCUCCUGCCCCUUCUGUACCCUGGCUGGAGUCAGCUAUGACGAGAUGGAGCUGCACAUCAACACAGUCCACACAGACGACAUGGACAUCGGCAUGGAGGAGGCCAUGUUCAUCGACCAAGAGAUGGAACGAGAGAAAAGAAACGGCGAGAAGAAUGCAGAGGAAAAGGAGACCCCAGAAGCACAAGGUAGUUGUUUCAGACAGAACGUAGCACUCUCAACAGAAGAGGAUGAUGCUUGUUUCAGCCAAGACUUUAGAAUGAGCAUUUGUGAAAAUGAUGUCGGAGAUGAAGAAAAUAUGGAAGAUGGUGCAAAAGGAAGGAUUGCGUUGAACAGUCAAUCUUGGUCGGAUGACGGCGUCUUGGCAGCCGACUCAGAAGAGGAACUUGAAGGAGUCAGUGACAAGAGAAGGAAGUUGGAUGAAUGCGAUGUGCAAUAUGUUAGUGAUAGUGACAGUGAUGUCAGAAAUGAUAAUCAUUUACAGCUCAGCAAUGACAGUCGGGAUGGAAAUCCUGGCAAGGAACACUCUCCUACCACGCAGUACGCAAAGAACGGUCUGUCCACAAAUUCUUCUUCCUCAGCAAGCGAAAGUCUGUCGCCAGAUUCCGUGGAUAACAACUACCCAAACAGAAAUCAGGAAAAGUCCUCCCCGAUAAACCAUCGCCAUGGCAACCCGCACCCAUUGCAUCAUGGGAAGAAUGGCAACAAGGAACAUCUUUCAGCCAAGACUGGAAAUCCUCACAAGAAAGUUGAUAACCCCAAGAGUAAGGUCAGAAAGACUUCACAGCAAAAGGCCAACAUCAACAUAACUGACAGUGACGUUGGUGCGCUAGCGUCUAGGAUUGAGGAUGAAGAGAUGGGGUGUCCCUUCUGUAACAUCAGGGGCAUCCCUUCCAUGGAUUUGAACGCGCACGUGAACAGGGCCCACGCUGAUUUGCUGAGCCCCGAGAAGGCUGGUUCGUCCAACACGGGACAGUUCGACAACGAUACAGUGUGCCCCAUGUGUGGGCUGCAAGGGCUGGUGGGAGACCUGUUUGCACAACAUGUGGAAGGGCAUUUCCAGGAAGAACAGAGAGAGCUUUCUGACCAUGCCCUGGCCGCUCAGCUACAGGAACAGGAAGAGGCAGAAACCCGCCGCAGGAAACAGAAAGAAGAAGAGGAAUUCAGAAGACUCCAGGCGAGAUACGGGAUGGACAACCAGGGGAACUAUCGUAGUCAGUCCAUGACACACAUGGAGCGCGCCGUGGCACGGGGACAGAUGAGUACCGUGGAGUACCACAAGAAGAAAGCCGAGAUGGCGGAGACUCUGAGCUCAGGGAAGGAUGACGGGAAGUCUUGUGUGAGAGGUAUAGUACAGAGACUGCGAGCUGCGUAUGUCUCAGGGAUCUACGGUGUUCGUCAGGCGUUCCUGGCAGCCAGCGUGGACCACUUCAGCUCCAGCUGGGGAGACAAGGGCUGGGGCUGCGGCUACAGGAACAUACAGAUGAUGCUGUCAUCGCUCUUCAGGGACCCAGUCUACAGGGACGUGCUCGUCAAAUCCGUCUCUUUCAUGCCGUCCAUCCCUAAGAUCCAGCAGAUGAUAGAGGAGGCAUGGGGCCGCGGGUUUGACCGCGAGGGCAGCGAGCAGCUCGGGGGACGACUCCGGAACACCAGGAAGUGGAUCGGCGCUACGGAAGUCGCCGCUCUCUUCUCAUCAUUAGGAGUCAGAGCCCAGGUGGUUGACUUCCACCACCCCACAGCUGCAGACGGCUCCCAUCCACAGCUGUUUGACUGGACUAAGAACCAUUUCCGUCAGGAGGGGGCCGGAGGGAAACAUCCUCUGUACCUGCAGCACCAAGGACACAGUAGAACCAUCAUCGGCUAUGAGGAACAUGCGGACGGUAGUGGCAGGCUUCUCAUCUUCGACCCCGGACACAACCCCAAGCAGAUUGAGCCGCUGGCCCACGGUAAGAUCACGGGCACACAGCUGAGGGUGCUGCGGCGUACGGUCAGCGGACUGAAGCACAACCAGUACCAGAUCGUCGCCAUCAGGGGCAUUCUCAGUAACAGGGAGGUGCAGGGAGCCAAGGUGAUCCAGUCAGUGAGAAUACCAUAGAUGCCUCCAGAUCUGGUGUGAGGCAACAGUUUGGACCAAAUCCUCCCUGCAUCAACAAGU